AAAUUUCAUUUUUACACGCCUUUUUUACCUGCAAAAAUUGUUCGACUGCAAUGGUUCUAUAUACUGCACUAUAUUGUGAGCAUUUAGACAAGGGGGUUUCCCUGUACUGGUCCCCAGCCCGCAUGAAAGGUGAACAAAAAACAACAGUAUAUAAUAGAAAAGUGUAUUAUUUCCACGAUUCCAUCCUUCAUAGAUUCAGGGCACAUCACUUAAUUGAUUUAAAUUAUUUAUUAAAUUAUGUAUUUAUUUAUUAUUAAAUUAUUUAUUUUUCUAUUUUUUUUACGUAAAUUGGAGAACUUAUGAGAACAGAAUUUAUUUAUAAAACUGAAAAAAAAGGGUUUUUUUUUUUUUUUUUUUUUUUUUGUUUUUAAUCCUAAAUUAAAAAAAACAAAGGAAAAAAACUCAGACUUGGUAAAAUUAAAAUAAUUAUUAGUUUUUUUUUGUUUUAACAACGUAGGUUUCAGAUCUUCAUUCUAGUUCACAGGAUGGACGUUUUCGUGAUCGGACAGAAGAAGAAACUGGGGGUUUUCACAUCGAUCCGGGACCUGGAAAUUCAAAAAUGUCAUCCCUUUCUUCAUCCUGUAAAACUGCCCUCGCCUCAUCUUCAGUCAGAGAACACGCUUCUGACUCGGUUGAGCUAAUUCUGACGCCGAGUGGAUUUGUGACGCAGGAUCAGGGGCAGAUGUUGACCUCCGACCUUGGUCUGAUCGAGAUGACGGAAGCUGAGUAUUCAGACUUCCAGAACUUCAUCUGUGGGCGCGCGGCGACUCAGGCGGGGCCUGCAGAGGGCCCGGACUCCAGACCUCACUCAACCGUAGUGAUUGGCAAUGAUCCUGAUAACUCUACAGCAGUUUCUCCCCUCACGUCCACUCAAGCCAUCGACCUGUCGGUGUCAAGCGACGACCACUGCCUGCUGACGUCAGUGGAGAAGACACCAGUGUCAUACGGAGAGGUCCCAGGAUUCGUGCUGGCCAGGAUCAACACGGAGGAUAGUCCGGCGACGCCUCUCGGCAAGCUCAAAAGAUCCUCACAGAAGCAGUUUUCGUCCAGUGCUAGAGUUUGUUUGGAGAAGAGAUUCAACAGCAUGUGUCCUGAAACCGCAAGACAACCAGACAUUCCCCCGACUCUCCUCAACAGUCUGCUGACAGCCUUCCAGCAGUCGGCAGAGGCUGAAGAGACGGCCAUCAAUCCUCAGAGGUCAAAGUGGGUGAAACCUGAUAGGGAAAAUCCUCCUGUUGGUUCUAGCAGAGACCUUAAUCCAGUGUGUGGUCAGGUUCUUGCUCAGACGGCUGAGACAAACAAACACGCAGGUGUAGUCAUCUCCAAGAGCUUGUCAUUUCAUUUCUACCCUGAUCCCACUUUUUCAAAAAGUGUUUAUGCCAGCAGCAACCCAGCAGAAGAGCAGCAGCUGAUAAAUGUCGAAGAGGAUGUGGGGACACCUGCUGUCCACAGACAUAAUUGCAGCGCCCUGUGCUCUGAGCCCAGCAGAGCCAUCAAAGCUGCGCCUGACUCGGUCAAAGAGGCAGAGAGCGGAGGCCGGAAAAGAGCUCGAUCUCUUCUGUCUCACAGCCAGCGCAGAGAGAGACACAACAUCACUGAGAGGGAGCGCAGGAAGAGAAUCCGCCUGUGCUGUGAUGAGCUGAACACCAUGGUGCCGUUCUGUGACCCCUGCACUGACAAAGUGACCACACUCACGUGGACCACCACCUUCCUGAGGUACAUCACCAAGAAGUAUGGAGACACGUUUAAAGAGGAGUUUGUGAAGCUCUUUGCCCAUAAAAAUGAAAUCUCUCUGAAGUCCAGCUCCUCUCCAGACCAGCACCCAAUCCAGCAGGAGGUGAAUGAGGCUCUUGACACCUCCCUCGCUGCUGAACAAUAAACUUUUUUUUUUUUUUAAUCCAUAAAAAUGUUACAUUUUAUUGAUUUGUCUUUGCUGGUGUUAUCGGGGAGGGGGUUUACUCUUGAAAUGUCUGAACCUGUUCACUUUCUAAACUCCAUGUUAAAAUCUUGUUUUUAUCCAGUUGAAAAAGGAUGAACUGGUUUAAUGGAGCAAAAAUGUUUACUUAAGUUUUUUAAAACAAAAAGUUUGUUUCUUUUAAAAAUGUACUAAAAUACUAAAAAGUUUGACUUAAAAUAAGUUCUUUUAAAGCUUGUCUAAUGUAUCUGAAGUGUGCUGUUUUCUUUUGACGUGUAGAAAAGAGUAAUAUUUGAAUGAAAAGUGGCUUUAUUUGGUCUUUCUUACAACAACGUCGCCGUAGCAUCUUACUGUACAUACAAGUCACCCACAAACAAUAAAUAGAAUUAAAGUAAAUGUAUAUUUAAUAGUUACAGCACCGGUGGGAUAUAGUGGACGUGGUCAUUGCAGAUAGGAGAAAAAUGAACU